GCUGGGAAGGAAGGACGGGCCCGGCUCCUGCUCCUGCUCCUGCUCCUGCUCCUGCUCCGCAUCAGGAGGCCGGCGGGGAGGCGCGGCGUCCAGCACACUUGCCUCAGCAUCAGCAAAACGGGGGACCGGAGCACUCUGGGCCUGGUGCGGAAAUGGAACACCAUUCUUUCUGUGCCCACACCUCAACUGUCCCAUGCAGCGGCAGCCCCGAGGGACCCCACUGUCCGGGAGCUGCCUGGGGUGUCCUGUCGGUUGGGGCAGACUCAGGUGGCAACCACUGGAUUUGGAUGUAGAGAGAGACUUUUUUAAUGACAAUGAAUGAGUGGAUGCCCAUAGCUAAGGACUAUGAUCCUCUCAAAGCCGGGAGCAUCGACGGCACAGAUGAAGAGCCUCACGAUCGAGCCAUUUGGAGGGCAAUGCUGGCCCGCUACAUCCCCAACAAAGGAGUAACCGGAGACCCUCAUCUCACCCUUUUUGUGGGCCGACUGAAUUUACAAACGACGGAGGAGAAAUUGAAAGAAACCUUUUCCAGAUAUGGGGAUAUCAGGAAGCUGCGCCUGGUGAGGGAUCUAGUCACGGGCUUUUCCAAAGGCUACGCCUUCAUUGAGUAUAAAGAGGAGCGUUCCUUAUUGAAGGCUUACAGAGAUGCCAACGGCUUGGUGAUUGACCAGCAUGAGAUCUUCGUGGACUACGAACUGGAAAGAACCCUCAAGGGCUGGAUCCCCAGGAGACUUGGUGGAGGGUUUGGAGGAAAAAAAGAAUCGGGGCAGCUGAGAUUUGGAGGACGCGAUCGACCUUUUCGGAAGCCCAUCAACUUGCCCGCUUUGAAAAACGACUUUUAUGGAGAGGGACAACGGGAGAGAGGGGACAGGGGAGACAGGGGGGAAAGGUCGCGAUCCCGAGAGAGAACUUGGGACUGGAGGAGUAGGGAGAGGGACCACGAGAGAGGUCGAGAGAAGAGAUGGCAAGAAAGGGAGCCACCGAGGACCUGGGGAGAAAGCGACAGGGAAAGAGAAAGGGACUCCAAAGACGAUAGAAGCAGAGGGAGAGAGAGGAGGGAGAGAGACAGGAAAGACCGAGAGAGAGACAGAAGCAAGGAGAGAGAAUCGAGAAAGCAAAGAGAUGAAGAUAAACAUAGGUAGAGAGAGCAGGUGGCUAGGAAGGAUCCUCCCCACAGUGUAAAGCAAAUAGAUUAAUAAAAGUUUUUGAUGGAUGUU